UUUCCCCUCCAGAGUCUCGGUGACUUUCAAACUUUGGUUUCUUGAAGGUGACUAAGAGAUAUGAUUUGAGCUUUCAAACAUGAAUUUUGACCCUUCCAACAUUGAAUAUGUGAAAGGAGACGAACAAUGUAUAUCAUGGAAGACAGAUCUUUCAUAAUAGUUAAAAAAUUUCAUUAGGACAAAGAUGUAUACAUGAAAUAGUAUAAAUAAAAUAACACAUGACAGCUCUCAUUCUCAUCGUAUUCAUCAUCUAGGUUGUCAUCCAUUUUGCAGAGAUUGUCCAUUGAUGACUUGCUAAUAUAUCCAUCAUCUAUCAAUUGAUGGUGUAAACUGUAUACUGAAAUUUUAUAACGUUUGCAACCUCUGUGAACUAACUGAUUUCCAGGAAAUAGAAGUGUGGUCUUCUGGACCGACAUCAUUGUGUUCUUAAUCAUCAAUUUGAGAGGGAACAAGUUGCAUUAAAAUGCGAAGAUCAGGCUUUCCUCUUCUCUUUGAUAUUCCUCCUUGUUUUCAUCACCAUUUGUAGGGUCUCAUCACUAUUUAUAGGAAACGGAUUAUAUAGACAUGCAAAUUCUAAUGCGCUAAAUGAUGAUUCAUCGUGCUGUACUUGAUAUGAUCUGAUUCUCCUUUUAACCAGCCUAAGCUACAACUCUAUUGAACUUAGGAGGAAGAUCAAUGCAUUUUUAUCCUCCCUAGUUCUUGCCAGCGAAGCUUGAGGCAUGUAGUUCUGUCAGUGUAGUUUUGUUCAUAAGACUUUUUUCCACUGUUUUCAUCCUUCUCCCAACCUUUUGUUUCUAAGUUACUUUCCAGUUCAUAUGGAUGAACAGAUGGGAUAGUCUUCUUGGAUGGUGGAUGGAAGUGGCCAUAUGCAGAAAAAUACAACUCCACCCCUACUUGUGAACCAUUGGUACUUGGGGAUUAUUAAACCAAACAGUCAUGUUUGAACUGGCAUGUACGAAUGUUGACUAAUCAGAUAAAUGCUGGAACUAAGUGAACUUUGAUGGUGGAUUUGAGGUUGGCAAAGCGACUUAUAGGAAAGGGACUGGAAGCUAAUGAAAGGCGAAAAAAGAUAAUCAAAUUUAAGGAGUCAACCUGGAAGUGUGUUUAUUUUCUUUCAGGAGAGCUUCUAUCUUUGUCUGUUACAUAUAACGAGCCAUGGUUCAAAAGUACCAGAUACUUUUGGGUAGGACCAGGAGAGCAGGGUUGGCCAGAUCAAAAAAUAAAACUUAAACUUAAGGCUGUAUACAUGUAUGCUGCUGGAUUUUACACAUAUUCUAUAUUUGCCCUGCUGUUUUGGGAAACAAGGCGGUCAGACUUUGGAGUGUCAAUGUCUCAUCAUGUUGCAACUGUUGUUCUUAUAGUGUUGUCUUAUAUAUUCAGGUUUGCUCGUGUUGGAUCGGUUGUGUUGGCCAUUCAUGAUGCAAGUGAUGUGUUUUUAGAAAUGGGGAAGAUGGCGAAGUAUGGUGCUUGUGAGUGGCUAGCCAAUGUGUCUUUUCUUCUUUUUGUUGCUUCAUGGAUUAUACUUCGCCUUAUAUAUUUCCCUUUCUGGAUCCUCCGAAGUACAAGUUAUGAAGUUUUACUGACUCUGGAUAAGGAGAAGCACAAGUUUGAAGGACCAAUAUAUUAUUAUAUCUUCAACACGCUUCUAUUCUCCUUGCUUGUUCUUCACAUUUACUGGUGGGUUUUAAUGUUCCGGAUGCUUGUAAAGCAAAUUCAGUCCAGAGGACAGCUUGGGGAUGACGUUCGAUCUGAUUCUGAAGGUGAAGAGGAACAUGAAGAUUAACUCGGGAAGACUGUUAGCCAUGUACCCACUCUCAUAAACAUCGAAUUUGCCAAAAUAUCAUGCUUCUUUCUCAUGUUCAUCGCUAUUGUUGUUCUGAUUUGCUUAAAUCUGUGCUGGCUACUAGAAUUCAGAUAGCUUGAGAGUGCUUGAAAGAGGAUCAGCCUAUUCGUAUUUUUCAGAUUAAGCUUACAACCAGACAUUUAGAAUUCAUGCUCCCAUUUCAUGUAUUUUUUGAAGUGGUGUUGCUGUUAUUGUAGAUACCUCAUCAUUAGAGGGCAUUUGUAUAUUUAUUUUGGAAACAGAUGUGGAUGGAAGAUCAGAUAAUACUGAUCGAAUAUACAUUUGAUUCAUGGCUAAUCUUUUGGUCAAAAUUGUUCCAAAAUGGGAUUUCCAGUUG